CGGGGGGCGGUGGCGCGCAGCGCCCGCCCCUCACGGCCGCGUCCCGCCCCGGCGGAGUCGGGAGCCGAGCCCGCGGCAGACGCAGCCGUGCCGCGCCAUGGCCGGCCGCCGCCUCCUGGGGCUGCUGCUGGCCUUCGCCGCGCUGCUGGGCGCAGGUCACGGGGAUGGCACAGAUGACUUCAACCUAGAGGAUGCCCUGUUGGACCCCGUCACCAGGAGACCCACUCCCAAGGGCCCCAGGAAGCCAGCAGGUGGGACAGGUGGGACAGACUUGGAUCUGGCUGAUUUCUUUGACACGCCUGUGGAGACAACCACCAAGCCAGCCAGGCCCACUCCCAAGCCCUUCCCCAGGCCAGGGAAGCCGGACACUGGCUUUUGGGAUGUCAUUCGCACCACCACGACCAAGCAGCCAAAAACUACAAGAGCCCCUCCUAAGCGUAACCCAGAAAAGGAUCCUAUGGAUUUUGACUUGGCUGAUGCCCUUGAUGAUAAGAACGAUAGGAAGGAUCCUGGGAGGCCAGAUGUAAGGCCAGGUGAAGGGUUUUCAGACGAUGACCUGGCCAGCAUCGUGGACGGCGGCUACAGCCCAGACAAGAAGAAGGGUGCCAGCGGCAACACCGACAACAACGACUACAGCGGAGUGGCAGAGACCGGGACAAUCGCCGGCAUCGCCAGCGGCCUGGCCAUGGCGCUCAUCGGGGCCGUCUCCAGCUACAUCUCCUACCAGCAGAAGAAGUUCUGCUUCAGCAUCCAGCAGGGACUGAACGCCGAGUACGUGAAAGGAGAAAACAUGGAAGCCGUCGUGAGCGAGGAACCCCAGGUUAAAUAUUCAGUCCUGGAAACGCAGUCAGCAGAACCACCAAAACAAGACAGUGCGAAGAUAUAAAGCAUGACCCAGGGCUAGAAAAGAAUCAGUCAGCAGCAACAGAGAUCUUAACGUGCUUGUAAUUUAGCUUUUAAUUUAAUUUGACUCCAAAGCUAUUUAAUGUGUAUUUAAGCUUGAACUGGCUUUUUAUUGCUCUAGGCUUUAGGGUUAGACUGGUAGCAUGUGUUUAUUUUUUGUGAAGAGGUUUAUGUUUACAUUGAAGCAGUAGUGUAGGAUUGGUGUGCAGGUGGAUGGAAAUCCACAGAAGGUGCUUCAGCUGUGGUCACUUUUCAAGAGCUUACAGGUGUGAGGGCAGUGAAGUGCCUGUAAAUAGCAAUCCAAAGCCAAACCCUGCAAAGCGCCUCAGCCACCUUCUGCCUUCAGCUCCGGGCAGUGUCACUUCAGUGGUGGGGACAAAGCUGCACAUUCCCUGAGGGUGGAUCACAGUCCUUUGUGUAGCUACACCUAAAAUGAAGUGCCUAUGGUGGGUCCUUGUGUGGGGCCUUGGGCUGAGCCAGGUGACUCCCUGCUCCCAGAUCAGGAGUUGGGGAUGCUUCACCACCACCACCCAGAGCUCAGCUUGCAACCAAAGGACCUGAUUUUCACACCAAGUCACAAAUACAGUUGAUAAUGUGUGUGCAGUGUUCACUUCUAGCAAAUGCCAUUGGAAUGCUCCACUGUGCUGCAGAUCAGAAUGGAACUGAAGUGAUACAGUUUGUCUUAAGCUGCACCAGGGGAAGUUUAGGUUAGACAUCAGGAAAAAAUCCACUGAAAGAGUGACUGGGCACUGGAAUUGUCUACCCAGGGAGGUGGUGGAGUCACUAUCCCUGGACUUGUUUAAAAAAGACUGGAUGUUGUUGCUACCUUAUUGCAGGGGUUCCAUGCUGCUGUCUCCUUAUCACAAAAGUUCCAUAUCUUCUUGGUGUUUCUCGUGGGCAGCUCCUCAGAGCACUGACUCUUUCUUCUUCACAAAGCAGCCACUGACUCCAGUUCCCUUCUCACCCAACCACCUCACUCUUUUAUAGCACUUUUCCUCUUAUUGCUUACAGCUGUGGCCUGUUAAAGUCAGGCCUGCUCCUAAUCCUUGAUAAUUGGCCCAGCUGCAACUCCUUAGGGGUGAGAUUACUUUCUACACUAUCUUUAUUUUCCUAUAUUCUAUCCCCCCACAGGAUGUGGCACUCAUUGAUGAGGAGGUGCUAGGUUAGGUCAUAGGUUGGACUUGAUGAUCUCAAAGGUCUUCUCCAACCUAGUUCAUUCUGUGAUUCUGUCUCUGUGGCUUGAGAGACCCACAUUGUCACCCCAAUUAAAGCUGUGUGCAUAUGGAUGCUUUCAAGGACAGGUUCAGAUCUCAGUCACACCAGAACAAGUGACUCAUUUAACCCAAAAGAAAAUAAACAAAUCUGUUAAGACCUGUAAUGCUCAGUACAACAGAACUCAAGCUUAACAAGAUGCAGUCCCCUCCUUUUUAUCAGCAACUAUCAGGAGUGCUCCCAGGCACCCAGAGGCAGGAAAAGGAUUUAAGCUUCACUUUGUGUCACUGGCUAACCUUUAAAAUAGGCAGUGCCUCCUGAGAGGACAAAUCCUCCAUCCCUGUCCUGCAUGGGGCUCCUGCAGCUGCCUGGGAGCACUGGGCUGCACUGGGACAGUGCUCACACAGCCCCUGCCACCCUGCUGAACUGCUGCCUAGAACUGACCUUCACUACCUUGCAAGAAUGUCUGUUUAGAUUUCUAAUCCCUCCCCAGCAACCUUUCUGACUGCUGCUAAAAUAUGGAUAACUGCCACUUUCCAGUACAUUUUUCCAAAUCAAUGGUUGCUUAAAAAGCAUGCUCUCAAGUGAAGGAGAUUUCACUUCACAUUGUGUAACAGGUACUCACUAUUUAUAUACAAACCUGAAAUGGGAGCAUUUUGUACAGGUUUGCAAAUUCUGUGUUUUAUGAAUGUGUAUUAAGAAAACCAAUGUACAAAUCCACAGCUUUCAGGUAGACAUGACUUCAGAAGGCCUUGCCAGGAGGUGAAUGAGCCCAGGAGCAUCGCUGUCUAACAGCUCCAUUUGGAGUGAAAUUGCCUAGUAACUUGGUUAAGUAUUUUGCAAUAGCUGCACAAUUCUUUAUGCUCUUUUGAACACUUGCAUUUUUAAAGCCUUAUACUAGCUCUGGCAGAACAGCUACAGUGGUUUAUAAGGUGCUUCACAACUAUUCAGAAUGCUUAGGCUACAACAAAACUACUCUGAACUACUGCUGCUUUGUUUUAUGAACGUUUGGAAUAGGAAAGAAAUGUUAAUGAUUGGCUGAGAUAAUGGAAGCACAGGAAAGAGAUGGGAUGCACUGUUUGCUUACUCCCAGAGAAGGUUCUCAUGGAGGAAGUGCAUCCUGAAGAGUUUGCAGCAGGAGCUCAGGUGCCAUCAAAGCCACACAGCUGAGUUUGUGUAUCUCCAGUCCCAAGCACCAGCACUUGUUUUUUGUUCUUAGCCAAACACAAUUGAAAUCUGUAGCAUGGAAUGUGUUUUCUGUAAGUUAUUGUAGAUGAAGGGCAUUGAUGAUCACAGGAGCUGUUUGCCCAGCUUAGAUCUAGUGCCCGUAAUUCCUCCUCUCCCUUUGCCAGUGACCGUCAAUAGUCAGUGUGGUUUAAAGAGUACAGCACCUACCCCUCCCUUGGGGACUCUUCCACUAGGGCACAGAGGGAGCACAAGUCUAAUUUAAAAUACUACAGGUCACAGAUUUAACAAGGAAAGGCAGCAAGGUGUUUCACUGGAACACCCACCCCAGGUUUGGGACUCAGAAGCUGCUGCUUUGCUCAAGGCUCUUCUAUAAUGCUGGUGACUGCUUAAAAGUUACUGUAGUGUGUAGGUGUGUGGAAAUCCACAAAUGCACAGUGAAAGAGAACUUCCAAAGUGAAUAGUGACAGAAUUCAAGAUUUCUUUCUCUAGCAUUUCAAAUAGGAAAAUACUUGCAAAUUCUGCAGUAGAGAAAUUAGGCUUGGCCUUCUCUUCAAAACUGAACAAAAGUCAGAGUCUUGGUGGUAAAUGUCAGCAAAGGCUCAAAUGAUUUUUUAUUGCUGUUUGUCCCCUCUUCCAUCUGAACUGCCACCAGUCUCUGAAAAACAGGGAGUUUAUAUCAUCUAUAUUUUAGUCAUUAUAGCAACUGAGAGGUUUCCUGUGUAUUUUCCUGGUAGUGAUCCAAGUUCUGGAACAGCUGACCCAGCACUGACCUCCACUUUCAUUUAAUUACUAUUUAUUCACUUUAAAUUGGGAUAUGGAUUUUUAAAAAAUCCUGCAUUUAAGUUCUGUAUACAUGGCAUGAACUUUCUCGUCCUUUAUUAAAAAAGGCAAUAAACCACUAGAAAAUUGGUUUGCUUUUUUUUCAUGAGUCCAAAACCUAUAUAUAGAUGUCCUGAGAGUUUUUGUACUGUGUAUGUUGUGAGCUUUUUUCUUAUGACACCUCACUUCUGAAGCUAUUUUAAAUGGCAAUAAAAUGAUUCAGAAAAGGUUUGUCAAAGGUUUGACAGAGAAAAGAGAGAAUUGAAAGAAUUCAUCUGGCUCUUUUCGUGUUUUUUCUUUCAAUUACUUGCAUUUUCCUUUGGCAGUACUUCGUUUCAGAUUCCUCAGCUGAGAAUACUCUGACACAAAUUUCAGAUCUUUCUGGCACUAUAAACUCAGUCAUUUUCAAGCAACCCACUAACGAACCCUUACAAGUGCUCUACUGUCAUCCUUAACUACUCAUUUGUUGUGAUAAAAGUGGAAUUAGUCCAUAAUGCUGCUUCAGACUCUGAAAAAGAAGGAUGAGUCGGCAGGCUGAGCUUUAAAAAUUGCUUCUCUAACAGAUGAGGUUGAGGAACAAAUGAAGUUCAGAAACAAGAGAGCUGUGAAAUUAGAGAACUCUUUCUUUUGAGUGAAGUUCUAACUUAAAAGCAAGACAGAUUCCUUGCUGCUGAAGAAGUGACCUGUACCAAAGGAAGGUUGAAUGUUACUGUAACAAAAUACAUUUUGUUAAUGUGUGUGUCAGGGUCACGGGGGUAAAAACCAGAAUUUAACUACCUUUGAAAACACCAAAUAAACCAAGUUGACUAGAAAGACA